AUUGACCAAAGGAAAAAGGUGCGGGAGGGAAAUAGAAGCUGCGCCUUGCGCCUUGCGACCGACCCUGCCUCCAAUGCGGUGCUCUGCAUUGUUUCCAAUGCAAGGGGAUGCUCCCAUCGGCACCAACACACCUCCUGCACACCAUACCUACUCCGUACGGGGUAUUACAGAGUACACAAACCGAACCGGCACAACGUCACGACACGUCUCGUCCAUGUGAGAGAGAUAGACAUCGAUUGCUUUUCAACAAGUUUCCUCGUCGCUGUCAGUGUCAUCGUUAUGAGCAGCCACAGCCCUACCGACGACUAAAACAAUUUCUUCAUUAAUCCAGUCCACCGAGUCAGGAAUCGCGAUUGACAGCGCGCCAGACUGCUUGACAGCCAAGACAGAGCCAUCAUCUGUGCAAGUCGCGGACUGUCUGCACCCCCAGAAAUCUUGAAAGCACCCGACACACAGUGACACCUCGUAUGAAACAAGCAGAGACGAUCUAGCGCCCGAAGUCGCCUUAAUUUUUCUGACAAGGAUCGAAUCAGACGCUCGACACCAUUGGACGUGCCCAUUGCUCCGACGGGCCGUGAGCUUAGGACGGAUUGAAGACCUGCGCGUGCUACCGUUGCUUGAAGUGUUUCGUUUCCUCCGGGAAACCCUCUCGAGUUCGCGUGCGCCAUUCUAUCUGAUAUUUGCACCGUGUCGCCAGAAUACCGGAUUGUUUGGCCUGAAUCAAGGACAUACAACAACAUAUAGCAGCCUCUCACUUUGAGCGACCGCUUUCAGCACAACAUGGACGAAACGCCCCAUCCCGUCAGCGAUAGGUACGCCUUGAGCCUGGAUCAGAGCUUGCGAGAACUCCAAGAAAAGAUUGAGCAACACCGGGAAGAGCUUGCCGCACUUCAACGAAAUGCCAACUCAAGCCAGAAUGUUCCUGGACCAGGAAAAGAACCUUAUGAAGUCAUGAAAGGCGCUUUCGAGCAAGUUGCCAGCACGUCUCCCUUCGUACCUUUCUCGGAAUCCGUUCUACCCGCGCUACUUGCCCUGCGAACGACUCAUCAGACCGUUGUUGAGUCCCAAGACUAUCUGACGAGUCAAGGAGCCACUUUUGAUCAGACCAAACGCAGGCUCGAAGUUGAGCAGGCGAAUCUGUCUGACCAGAAAACCCUCCAGCAGAGUUUGGAGAAGCGAGUUCUGUCUCUCAAAGACGAGGCCGAAUCUAGGAUGGAAUUGACGCCCGAACAGGCAGCCAAGAAAAGACUGGACGAACUGAGGCAAAAGAAGAAGCGUUACGACAAGGAGACAACCAAGCUACUCAAAGCUUUGAGAAACUUCAUUGACGGUCACCUGGGAAGUCAACUAGCUGCGGAAGACCUCGGCGGACCUGUCGUGGGCGACAUGAUGGAAAUUGAUUCGGAUCAACUCGGUGCUGGUUUCAACGCCCAGGGCCGACCUGUCAAAGUCAAAUCCAAUGUGGACGAGGAUAAACGACAACGACGCCUCGAGGAAGUUUGGGGUUUAUCCCAAGAGGAUGCCGGCCGCGGAAAAGGCAAUGCGGACGAGGCAGCGGCUGCUGGUCGCGAGAUGCGCGACCUUACAGAACAGCUUUUGAACCAACAUGCUGAAGCAGCUGGCGAUAGCACUGCGGCGUACGUUAAGCUCUCAAAGGAAACAGCAGCGGCACGAUUCCUCGUCAGAUCCAAGGUCGCGCAGUUCCAUCCUAGGGACGCGACUAGGCUCAAGCUCAUUGAUUUUGGAAGAGAGCUGGACGACUAG